GACAUUCGGCAAAGUCAAAAACGUCCCGCAUGUGUUACAUAAACAUGGCAGCCCCCACGAGUUUACGGUCAAUCUCAAAGUUAUCUAGAUUUUCAAGAAAAUUGUUGUUUAACAACAAUUUGAGCCAGAAAAGACAUGGUUUGUAUUCAUUUUCUACUGUGACUGAGAACAAGCAAGCAGCUGAUAAACCAGAAUCAUCACAAGAACCUGAAAGUAAAGAAAAGGAAGCACAGGUUCCCUCUGGACCCACUGAGCUGGAGGAAAAAUUGACAAAAGAAAAUGAGAAACUACAAGGUGAUUUGAAGGAAAUGAAGGAGAAAUACAUGCGUGCACUGGCGGAAACUGAAAAUGUUCGUAAACGAAUGAAAAAACAAGUUGACGAGACAAAGGUGUUUGGAAUUCAAGGUUUCUGUAAAGAUCUCCUGGAAGUUGCAGAUAUAUUAAAUCAAGCAAUGGACAGUGUACCUAAAGAUGAAUUAGAUAAAAACGUACACCUCAAGUCACUUUUUGAAGGUCUUACAAUGACAAACAAACAAAUGGUUAAAGUAUUUGGUAAGCACGGACUAACAAAAAUCGAACCCAGAGUUGGUGACAAAUUUGAUCCGUUUUGUCACGAGGCGCUCUUCCAGGUGCCGGUUCAAGGUGAUAACAAGCCAGGCUGCAUUGCGGAUGUGCAGAAAAGCGGUUACCAGCUUCAUGAUAGGACUGUUAGACCAGCAAUUGUAGGCGUGUUCAAAUCAUGAUGCAGAAUGCGACGGAGUUGAGAGAAAACAAUCAGAACAAAGUGUACAAUUAAAUUCAGAUGCCAAUUUAAAGUUAUUUAGUUACUGUUAUGGUAAUUCAGUUACUGUUAUGGUAAAAAUACUUGCUACACGAAGAACGAAAGGAAUAAGGGAGAAAUGAAAUAAAAGUAAUUUUUUGUGAUUAAUAUAUUUCUAAAAAGUGUGCUUAAUUAUAAUAUUUUCAACAGACACAAGGUCACUGUUGUUGACAUGGUUUUCACUAUCCAAAAUAUGUAGAUAGAAUUACUUGUAUAGAUGUCUAAAAAUGGUUGGACAGAUAAAAGAUGAAAAACUGAACUUGUAAUUUAAACAGAAUUGAUUAAAAAUGCAGACAUUUCAUAUUGGAACAGUUCAAGGUAUUCUGAGAUUGUUAUUAGAAUCAACAUGGAUUAGGCAAUAUGCAUUCAAACUGAACAUUGUGGUGAAUGUGUCCAUUCCAGGAAAUUAAGGGAACCAAAAUAUAUUAUUUGCAUGAAUAUUCUUGCUUUAUGAAUGGAAAAGUUUAUAUUUAAUGUUUGAACAGUGAAAAAAUAAAUAUUCAUUAGUUCAUCGGAAAACUUCAACAA